UUCGGACUUAUCAUUCUGCAAAAUCUCUUGCUAAACCAAUAUGGCGCAUUAUUUUGUAAAUAUUCGCUUGAGCUUUUUAUUUCUUGUGCAUCAAAAUUUUUUAUAUUUAUAACCGAAACAGCUACACAAUUUCAUCCUGAUUUUAAGAAACGAAGAAGGAAUAUAACGCAAUGACAUUUUGGGAUAAUCCUCAGAUGGUAAUUAACCAUAUUCGACAUUCCUGUGUUACAAGUGAUGAUACAGGUAUGUGCGAAAUGGUAAUUGUGCAGGAUGAACCAGAUAUUUGGCAAUCAAAACAAAGGAAAAGACUUGGAAUGUUUCACACUGAAGAUAGCACAGAUUUUGGUGACUACUCACAGUCGUUUGACAUUGCUGUUAGUCCAGGAGUUAUGGGACGAACCCCAAAAACAGGUCGUUUCGACAAAACACGGAAAAGGCAAGAAUAUCAUUGCAAGAAUAUUCAUUGGGAUGAUAACAAGACUGAAAAGUUAACUCAAGCGGAAAUAGAUGAAUUGUUUCAAGAAAAAGAAUUGAAUGUAGAAGAAACAGAAAUAACUAUAAAGGUAUCCAAACUGAGUCAGCUCUUGCAGGACUCACUUAACCAGCCCAGUAAUCCAUUUAUUGACUAUGCAAAGUUUGAUGGCGAGGGACUGGAAGACACUUGUCCUACGAGAGAUAUUUGUAUUUUUUUAACAUUCUUACCUACAGAGGAAGAGCGGUUACAGCCAAUAAAUAUCACUUAUGUUGAUACUGCAUGUGUACAAGAUACAAUUGGUUUAAUUUUAUAUAAAUAUGUGCUCGAAGGGAGAAAACCGAAAGCACAAAGUGACUUAAAAGCGUAUUCAUUACAUAUUGCUGAAGAAGAUGGAGAAGCUGACAUGGAUUUUCCAGCGUUAGAUGACAAGGAGUUGAUGUCAAAGUUUGAAUUUCAUUAUCUGGCUUUGGUUGAGAAGCACAAAGUGAAUCGAGCUCCUGUUAAAAACUCUGUUUCAGUCAAAAUAUCGAUCCCUCAGAACGGAUAUUCUGUUGUUAAAGUAGAUCGUACAGAUGUGAAAAUGAAAGUAGUACUAGCUAAAUUUCUUAAAAAGAGAGGAAUCAAAAAAAAUGGACGUGAAUAUUUCUUGGAGAAACAAGGCGAGGAAGGACAUCACAUCGAUAUGGAAACAACUUUGGAGAGUACCGGCACAUUAACAUUCAACCUUGUUCGAGACAGUGGAGCUCGAAAACCUGAUGAAAAAGAAUUACAAACAAAAACUUCAACAGCUCAAGCAGAAAUCAUGAGUUUACAAUACAAGUCAUACCGUGUAUUAUUGGUGCAUCGUUUACUUGCAUCUACAGAAGUAUCGCUUGGUAUACAUGGUCAAAAAAUUGAGAUCGAUCCGGUAGCACAACCAAAAUCACAGAAAUUUUUCACUUUACUUGACUUUACGAGAAACAAACCGGUCUCUUUAGCUGUCAACAACAUUGCUGAUUGUGAGAUCACAGAAGAAAAACCUGGCAGAGCUGUUUUUAGAAUAUAUUAUAAAAAAUCAGAAGACUUUAAACAUUAUGAGUUCGAAGCCUCACCUCAAAUCGCAAACGAAAUUUUACGUAAAAUUCACAAUAUAUUAAAAUCACGACCACAAGCUGUGCGAACUGAAUUUUUAACAGCAAAAAAACGAACAUACGAAAAAGCGAAGCGCAGGUGACACUUCAAGUCUUGUUGUUGUUGUUGUUGUUGCUAUUGGUUACAAGUUAUGAGUAUUGUCAAUGAAAUUAAACCAACCACCAGCCCUUCACUUUUUACUUUUGUUGUGAUCUAUUAAACUUCAAAAUAGAGUGUUAUGUUAGUAUUGGUAGAGUUUAGUUUCGUUAUGUAUAUUUUGUGGAAAUUAUGUCCUUCAAGCAGGGUACCUCGCCUUUCAUUUAUCUGCAAUAAAUAAUUCCUCAUCGAUCAAUCAAAAAGAGGGGCGUGUCAAAUAAUACUAUCCGAAUUACGACGACUGUGUACCGAAUUACGACGACUUUAUGACACGACUGGUAAUGUCGGCAAUACAUUUUUCACGAAAGUAUUCGUAUAAAUAGAUUGAAAACAGUUUCUUGUGCGUGAUAAGAUUUGCCGGCAGCCCAACUUUACCAAUCCCCUAUAGAAGCCAAGUCAUGCGGAAAGGUAGAGGAGAAAGGUUAAUUUUCAUAACUACAAAAACGUUACAAGUAAUAAACAAAGAUCGAGAAGGAAAAGGGCGUGCAUUUAAAAAACUUUUAGGGCGUAAAUUCGCAAGUAUUAUGAAUACGGCUUAAGAAAGUCAUUUCCAUUCUUCUUGAUUUUGCAGCUACGAUUCUCUUUUUCUUUCUACUACUCCGAAAAACAAACUCAACAAAACAAAGUCCCUUUUGCUUUUUUACGUUUUGGAUUUCUAGAUAGCAGACUUUUAAGAUGGAUACUUACAUUAAGGUACUUUGCCUAUCUGUUUUUCUCCUAUAUAAAUCCAAGAGAAUUUUUUUUAGCCCUGUUUGAAGUAAGUUGCUAUUUUUAUUUAAACGAUUGUAUUUAGUUUAUAUAAUUAUUUUUGUUUUAUAUUACGUCAUGCUAUAAACAAAAUAUAAGUUUUCUCGAUUUUAUAUUUCAAAUCAGACCAACAGCCACAGCAGGCAGUGGAACGAAACAAAAUGUUUAUUUUUACUAAAGGACCAUAUUUUCUGUAUUUUUUAUUGUCGAAUAAUUAACAUCUAAGACCUGCGUGUUUAGUCAAAUAUGGAAUUGAAUCAGCAAGGAUUUUUUGUUUAGUUAUCUUGCGCAAAAUUGGCAGCUGUACUCAAAUAUUAAAAAAACGCGGAAAUAUUACUGAUUUUUUUAUACUUUUAUUAUAAGUUAGAUGGCGCAAAAAAAAAAAACAAUGGAGCAGUUUCUAGGUCACAAAAUAACAACAAAGAGUUAUACUUAAUUUAUUCUGUGGAUGUUUUGCGAUAAUACAGAUUAGAUAUGCUACAUAAGUGUCGUCCAAGACUUCUUUUGUGGUAAAACACUGAAGAACUUAGAUUUCCAUUUUGAUGAAUCGAAGCCCAGGUUAUUUUCUUUUUUUUUUAUCCUUACAGCGAAUUAAAUAUAUGUGAAUUCAGAAAUACGGUUCAAUGACGUCAUUUUUGUUGAUGUAGCCUCGACGGUAGUUUUCUAGCGCCAUCACGUUUUCAAGCACUGUUUCCAAUCUUUCCCGUUUUCUUGCAUUUCUUCUCUCAAUCAACACGUCCAAUAAGUCGUUUAGAAUCCUUCUCUUGCGACGCAUUUCCUCUUCUUUAUAUGCGACGGCAUUUUCAGUUGACUUUUUCGACACGACGUCUGACAUUUCAGCUACUUGGUCGUUGUCGUCAACUACCGCGUCUUCACUUUUUUUAUUUUCAUUUUCAACUUUAUCUUUUACUUCUUCGUUUUUGACUUCUUUUUUGCUAUUGCAUUCCUUUUUAUCUCCCCCACACGUACUUUCAGCAGCAUAUUCUGUUUCUACUGAACUCUCCUUCUUUACGCUUUUAUCCUCAUCUUUCUGUUUUUCAUUUUCUGUUGCCUCAACUUCCUUUUUUGAAGAAUCUUCAGCAUCUUUUUUUGUUGUUUUCUUUUCUUUGUCUUCUUCCUUCGCAGUUUCUUUUUUACUCUUUCCUGCUGACUCUUUCUUCACAGCCUCGUUUUCCUUUUUUUCUGUUGUUUCUUUUUCCACAGCCUCUUUCUCACUCUUUCCGGCUGAUUCUUUCUUCACAGUCUC